AUGGGUGUCAUUAAGAGUUUGUCCAAAGUGGCCGCGUACGGCACAGUAGCAGGAGUAGGUGGCUGGGCACUAUGGACGAGAAAGUCCAACUUUGUUCCCCUGUCGCCAAACGAUUACAUCUACAACACGACCUUCUUUGCUCGCAACAAUCCCGAGAGGAACCCCACGACCAGCGACUUGUGCGUACGCAAGGUGCCGCUGAGCCAGAUCAAGGCCGAGUACCUUGAGAAGGAAGGAAAGCUGGUCGAGAAGUUUUGCGCCGGCGUCUGGGGAGGCCUUGGCUACGCAUACCAACGUCAAUACCUCGAGAAGAAGUACCGCGAUGCCGACACGGAAUCACAGCUCUGGGACACCAAGGCUCUGCAAGAAUCCGAAUAUCCCAUCGGUACACAAAUCACCGACCACUUCGAAGUCCUCUCCAAAACACCCGAGUCAAUCAUUGUACGCUGCGGAGACUCGCCUCGCAAGAUGGAGGUCAGAUCGAGUGACGGACUAUUCGAGAUGAGAGCAGAGAUCAAGCAAGAAGAGGGCGUUGCCGAGUUCCAAUUGAAGAGUUGCUUCUACCAGGGCUUGGGCAAGGCAACUGGACAGCCCAUGCCUCCACACAUCGAGUUCCUCCACAGACAAUAUACAAAGCUGUGGAUGGAGACUGCUAUUAGCAACGUCACCCGAUGA